UUGAGUCUCAAUCUUUGAAGCAACAAACCAACUCAACUAGCAACUACAUUGAUAAAAUCUGUUGCAACAGCUCCAUUAUUUAACAUCUAUGGCUCCUUCAGCAGACCUAAGAAAAAUUGGCUUAGAAGGCUUUGCUCUGAUAGACAAAGUCUGUUUUCCACCAAGAAGGAGCAACGGCAACGCCAAUGAUGCAUUCCAAGGGCGACGAGAACGCACUUGGGUGGUUCAUCAUGUGCCUAAUGGUGUCAUGGAAGAUUCUGCUGAGAUUGGUAAGGAGGUUCACUUUGCUGGUAUAUCUGCUGUGAGUUAUCCCAAGGGAAAGCCCCAGAAUCGUUGGGGUAGACCCAUUAAGUUCUAAGCUCUUUGGCUUAUGCAUAUAUGUUAUCACGUUAUCUUCAAAUGGGUACGUAUGUGUUUCGUGUUAAGUUUACUCUUGUAUGAUAUAUAUGUAGAAAAAAAACUCGAAGACCUCUAUAUGUAAAUCUAGGUCUUCUGUAGUUUAGGAAUGGAAAUUACAUAUAUUUGUAGUUAAAUAAUGUAAUCCCUAUCUCUCUGUAAUACAUGAUGUAUCAAGGGAUGUAAUGAAACUAGUUAUGGUCU